CACAGGCACGGCAAAGGCAAAAACAUAAACACCUCGUCGUCCAUCCUCCAACACCUCCGCUGCUAUCUUCCUUUCCGCCCGUUCAUUCCAUAUAUUUUCGCUCCGAUCGCAGGCCUAUCACUCUCGAGUUCGCGUUUCUUAUUUCCCGAGAUCUCCUUGCCGGAACCCCCAUCGCGAUCUCCGACCGAUUCUGAGGUUCCGAUUUCUUGUUUUCUUCCCCGUUUUCUUAUCCCUUCCGUUUUUCUCUUCCAUUUCUGAAAUAUCAACCAGCUCCUUCAGCCCCAUUCUUCCCUAGGUUUUGCACGGAGCAUUUGAAGCCUGUUUCAUUUCAGGUUGUAAUAAAUUUGGUUGAAUGACCUUGCUACAACUGUUCAAUCAUGACGUCAAGUAUGUUGAGUGGAGAAAGAAGGUGGACAUCAGCCAGACGAGGUGGGAUGACUGUUUUAGGAAAGGUUGCUGUUCCAAAACCUAUAAACUUACCCAGUCAAAGGUUAGAAAAUCAUGGUUUGGACCCAAAUGUGGAAAUUGUACCCAAGGGUACCCUCAGUUGGGGCAAUAAAUCAACUUCAUCUGCAACGAAUGCUUGGGGCUCCUCAUCUGGUUCUCCAAAUACAGAUAGUGCUUCUGGUUCACCAAGCCAUCUCUGUGGUCGCCCUUCAUCUGCUGGAGGUGGCACUCGUCCAUCAACGGCUGGCAGUGACAGGUCCCAUGAACCUCAUGCUAAUGCAUGGGGUCCGAGUUCUAGGCCAUCAUCUGCCUCUGGGCCUGUGACGUUAAGUCAUGCAUCACUCGCAUCCUUGCGCCCUCACAGUGCUGAAACUAAAUCUAGUAGCUCACAAUUGUCACGAUUUGCAGAGACUUCUGAAAAUCCAGUGGCUUGGAAUUCUGCUGUGACUAUAGAGAAAGUGGGAGCGAUGCCAUGUAAGAGUGAUGGGUUUUCUUUGACAUCAGGAGAUUUUCCUUCGCUGGGUUCUGAGAAAGAAUGUGUAGGAAAGGAUGCUGGGUCACGAGAUACUAGGUCUAGUGAAGGAGCUACAAUGAAAGAGAGGACUGGAACUUCGGCAAUCGAUGACCCUAAAAAUGUGACUACAAAUGUUGAAAGUGCUAAUUCGUGGAGAAGUGAUAAUCUUCCGCACAACGAUGAUGGGCCUAGGCCUAGUGUAGAGAAAUGGCUGGGGCAUCCCCAUCCUUACCCUGGUGCAAAUAUUCCUCCCCCACAUUAUGAUGCUUGGCAUGGUUCUCCAGUAAACAAUCCUCAAGGUGGUGUAUGGUAUAGGGGUCCUCCACAAGGAGGUCCUCCAUAUAGAACUCCAGUUGCUCCUGGUAAUUUUCCUAUGGACCCAUUUCUGUAUUAUCCUCCACAUAUUCCCUCAGGCGGUCUUCCCAAUCCCCAGCCUUCUCAUGGAACUGGACCCAGGGGACAUCAUACUAAAACUGGAGAUAUGUAUAGACCUCCUAUGCAUGAUGGUUUUAUUCAUCCAGGCAUGCCAAUUAGACCUGGAUUUUACCCAGGUCCAGUUACCUAUGAGGGAUAUUUCCGUCCUCCCAUGGGCUACUGCAAUUCAAGCGAUAGAGAUGCUCCAUUUAUGGGAAUGUCUGCUGGACCAGCUGGCCCUGCUGGCCCUGCUGUUUAUAACAGGUACUUGGGCCAAGGCCAAAUUGCAUCUGAGCCUGCAAGUUCCCAUCUGGUUCCAGAACAAGUAGAAGCUGGUCUUCCUUGUGAUAAUCAAGGACCAUACAAGGUUCUUUUGAAGCAGCAGGGAAACUUAAAUAGUAAGAACGAAGAAGAAAAUAGGAUAAUCUCAACAACCACUAAUCAGUUGAUUGUUGAGAAGGAUGACCAACAGAGGAUGACUCCAUGGGAGAAUGACUGGGAUCAUAAAAAAGAAGUUGAUUUGAGGAGAACGUUGGAGGUGGCACCAUAUUCUCAGGCUUCUGCCAACCAAGAAACUCAAUCUGCUGAAAGUAUGAAAGCCAAGUCUCAUGGAAACGCGAAGAUUGGUGAUGGUUUGCAAGAAAAAUCGGCUGCUGGUGGUGGUGGUUUCUCUGAAGUUCCCAAACCACUGGCAACUGCCACAAAAGAUUCAAGUCUGAUUCAGAAGAUAGAAGGAUUAAAUGCCAAAGCCCGGGCUUCUGAUGUGCGACAUGAUGUUUCACCUAUUUGCAGGAGGGAGGAGCCAAAUGAGCUUCAAUUUAAAGAUACACACUCUGAUCAUGUUAUUGCCCAAGAAGCUAGUGCAACUGCUGUUUUUCCUGAAAAUAGGGAUUUUAAUGAAGUCAUAGACCCAGGCUCCAGUGAAUUAAGUUUGUCCACUGUAGAUAGGAAUGUUAAAUUAUACGGUGGAGCACAUGUCCACAGGAGGCCUAAUCGUGGAAUGCAAGGGAGAAGUGAUCAUCAUGGCAGAGGAAAAGUCAAUACACGGGAGGUUGAUGGGUGGCAUAAAAGACCUCUGUUGGACUCCCCAGGCAUGAUGGCAACUCCCAACCAGGAAAGUUCUGUGCUUGCAAGAGACGACAAUGCUAUAGGCGCUAUUAAUAAGGCUGAGUCAUUUUCUUCAGAUAGCCAUGGAGAUGUACCUACUCCAUCCAUGGGUAAUUCAAAAGAUACUCAAGCUCAGCGCACAAAGAUGAGAGAGCUAGUAAAGCAACGCACCAAACAAUUGCAGGAGGAAGAGGAGGAAAGGACUAGAAAACAGAGGGCCAGGGCCCUGGCAAAACUUGAAGAAUUGAACAGGCGUACAAUAGCAGGGGAGGGUCUGAAUCAGUGGUCUGAAUAUGUUUCUAAUGAUGCCAUAAGAAAUAAGAUACAAGAACCUCAAAAUCUUGAUGACCCAAGCACGCGUGGUAGUACUAUAUCUGGAGAGUAUACCACAGUUUCUGAUCCACACGUGGUUGCUAACAAUAGUGAGUCAACUAUGGGCACUAAUAAAAAUUCUCCCAUUUUAUCAGGAGAUGCCCAAUCGAAGAAACCAAGUAGUAGCAGUAAGGAACAGGUUGUGGCACAUAAUCAAUUGAGAACUUUGGAGCUGGAGGCAAGCAUUAAUGAUGCAGUCCAAAAGAAGAAUGCUUCGGAGGUAAAUGGGGGCGGUGCAUCCUUGAAGCACAAGCGUACAGGAAAUAAACAAAAACCAAAUAUUCCAUCUGAAAAGACUGAAAAGAUUCCCCACUUAAUUAAGGAUUCAAAAGUUCAGACAGUUGUUGCUGACAUUUCAGUUGUAGACGAGUCGAGUGCUAUCAUUACAGAACCUGUUGCUGAACAUUCCACCCAUGCAAGAAAGAAAAAUAACAAGAGUGGGAAGAGCAGGCACAAAGUGGAAGAGACCUCGAUAUCUGCAUCACCACCUCAAAUUUCAAAAGAGGCAAAUCUUACAACGGAAUAUGAUAAACCAAAGGCUUCUCAAUCGGUAAUGGAUCCACCUUCAGAUCCACAACCGCCAAUUAAUGGAGAUGAAAAUCAGUCCAGAGAGCAGCUACCUCUGUUACCAGUUGUAGAAACUCUUGGCAAAGGUAACGGUCAGUGGAAGUCUCAGCAUUCUCGCAGGAUGCCAAGAAAUGCUCAAAAUAGACCAGGAGAAAAGAUCCAUGGGAGUGAUUCUGUUAUCUGGGCCCCUGUGCGAUCUCUCAACAAAUGUGAGAUUACGGAUGAAACUCUUCAUAAAAAUGAAGCUGGGGCUGUUACUUCAUCUGUAAAGAUUGAUAAUCAAGUGCAGAGUAUGCCAAAGAACAAGCGAGCUGAAAGAGAGAUAUAUGUACCGAAGCCAGUAGUCAAGGAAAUGGCACAGCAAGGAACCAUCCAUCAAGAUAUUUUCCCCAUGAACCAGGCGCAAGAUGAUAAUAAGGCAGAUUCUAGUUCCAAAAGUUCUGAUAAUACUCGACCUGCUGGUGCUGUUUCUGGUAAUGUGGGAUUUUCCACAGAUCACAGAAACGGGGAUGGUAGGCACCAUAAACAAAGCAAGGCACAUGCAUCGUGGCGCCAACGGGGAGCCACAGAAUAUGGGCAAGGCUUACUAGACCAAUCAUCUUAUGUUUCAAAUGCUGCUGGUAGUUUUGUUCAAAAAUCAACUGAAUAUCAAGUACCUGAGAAGGCUACUGGAAGCACCAUCAAUGAGUUUACGAGCCACGUUGAUGAGUGGGAUCCACCCGAUGGAUGGAACGAUCCCAACUUCUCAGCCUCUAUCCCAGUUGUCACUGCAGCUGUUGGGAGAGACCAGGGGGUGACAAGCAGGGGAAAACGGUCCCAAUUUAAGGGGCACAAGGGUGUAGGGAACAAUUUUGAUUUGAAUGAAAAGAAACUUAGAAGUGGAGACGAUGAAAAAAAUUCUUCCCAAUCCUCAGUGCUCGGGGCAGAUCAAAAAGAUGUAUUUGCUGCUGCCAAAGAAAAUCGGGGUGUUGGGGAGCGUUCAACAUCUCAUUGGCAACCCAAAUCCCGGAUGGUUCAGCCCCACAAUCAUCAAAAUAGCAAGCCUAGUGGUGAUCAAAAUGCUGAAGCUGAAGCUGGACAGACUAAUAAAAUUGGAUCUAGGCCAUUUUCACAUGCCACAAAUACGAGUGAUGAUGUGGCCCAAAAUCAGUCCGAUAGGUUUUCUGGUGCAAGAACCGUCAUGGAAGAAGGACCAGAUGUUGGUCCUCAUGGGGCCAGAGUAGAGAAGAAAAUUUACUCCCGCAAAGAUCGUCCUUACUCCCCAGUCGAAGGUCCUAUCCAUACCGUUGAGGUUGCUCCAGCAAAUACAGAUACCAGACGCGAUCAACCGUUGCCUACAUUUUAUCAUAAAGGCGGUGAGAACAAUAACCGCUUUGGACGAGGGCCAGAAUCUCGUCGGGAAAGGAAUUCCUCUCAACAUCAUAAGCAGCAGCAUUAUCCACCUGCUAAUAGAGACAGGCAAAGACAAAAUUUGCAGUACGAGUACCAACCAGUUGGGCCACAUAAUGGAAAGCCGAACAUGGAUAAUAGACCUAAGGAUACCACACAGCAUUCAGGAUCAAGGUACGUGGAGAGGGGCCAAGGUCAGUCCAGAAGAGAUGGUGGGAACUUCCACAAGCAACAAGGUGGACCAGUUUGAUUAGAUGCCUAUCAUAUUUAGCAUAAUUUGGAGAUUCCAAAUACAUUCUCUUUAUUUGACCUGCGCCACCCCAGUUUAUAUACAUAGCAGUUGAUGGUGUGGAACUGAAUCGAGCAGUGUAGUAGGAGCCAGAUUUGACGGUGCAGGAGAGAACUGUUUUGGAGUUGGACGGAGGGUGCUCGAACUUUGUUUAUUUUGUAGCUUACUCUCAUAUGAACACUUGCAUGAACUGUUUUGAAGUGUUUUUCCUUUUCCUUUUUUCCCACCUCCCCUCUCCUCUUUACCCUUGUACCUAUGACAUUUCUUUGCUGAACGACAGAAUGAAUUAGAGAAGCGUUCCGAUUCUUCGCUA